AAAUCUGCACAGUUCUAUGUAGGCUAAGUGCGGGCCUAUGUAAACUGUCACUUUAAUAGGCCUAAAUCUUUCAAGAGAGAUUACCUUAUUAAUUUAAAAACAGUGUUCAAUUCAAGGUUAAUCAAUCAGUGGCAUUAGCAGCAUUGUUAUAAAGGUCAAGGUGCGCGGUAACCUACAUGUGGGAGGGGCUCAAGUCUCCGCCAGUGUGGCACUCGGUGGCGAGCGAGCAGUUUGAGGAGGAGGACCGCCUGUUUGGAUUUUUCAGGUGUGGAGUUCAAGAAUGCAUCAUUGCGGCGCAGUGCUGAGAAUGUGUGUUUGCUGAAUAUCCUACCUGGAUUUUUUUUUUUUUUUUUUUUUUUGCCUUCGCCUGGUUUUGUCCCCUCUUUCGCUUCCAUUCUCCUGUAACGAAGCACCCAUCAUGUCGCAACCAUCUGAUGCUGAGCCAGUUACUGUGGUACCAGCAGAACCAGCAUCAACCACUGAGCCAACAUCUGUAACAACACCCACUGCACCUGUGACCAGAACUUCAUUCUGGAGGGAAAGGAGAAAAAUCCCAGAGAAGACAGAUGAGUUUCUGCUCGCCAGGUUUCAGGGUGAUGGAGUGAGAUACAAAGCCAAGCUUAUUGGUGUGGAUGAUGUCUCAGAAGCAAGAGGGGAUAAAAUGUGUCAGGAUUCCAUGAUGAAACUAAAGGGCAUGGCAAUAGCUGCUCGUUCUCAAGGCAAGCACAAGCAAAGAAUAUGGGUGCACAUCUCUCUAACUGGAAUUAAAAUUGUUGAUGAGAGAACUGGGGUGAUUGAGCAUGAACAUGUGGUGAAUAAGAUCUCUUUCAUUGCUCGUGAUGUCACUGAUAACCGGGCCUUUGGAUAUGUUUGUGGGGCAGAGGGGCAGCACCAGUUUUUUGCUGUUAAAACAGCUCAGCAGGCUGAGUCUCUGGUCACUGAUUUGAAGGAUCUGUUUCAACUAAUCUUCAAUAUGAAGAAGAAAGAGGCUGAUCCACUGAAGGGUGAAGGAAAUGGCGCUGUGAUUGAGAAUGGUGGUGGUGGUGGUGGUGCUUUACUCAACCUGGAUGGACAAGAAAAUGCUGUAAAAACCGUAGAGCAGAUGGACCUGUUUGGCAAUAUGUCCACUCCACCUGACAUUCACUCUCCUACGCCUGAGAGUGUUCUUCUGCUUGACUUUGCUUUGAUUGAUGGCAAACAAGAAAAUCCUGUCAUCUGCUACCCAUCUCCUCUCUCCAAUAAAUUAGACGACAAACCGGUUUCCUUUACAUCAGAUCUUUUCCCAACUCCUAGUUCCGAUCUCUUCAGUGAUGAUCCCUUUUCUCCCUUGAAUGAUUUCACACAAUCAGAUUCCAUGUUUUCUUCCAAUAACAAGUCAGAUAUUUCUAGUUUCCUCUUAAAUGGAUCAGACUUGCAGCAAAGCCUGAGUAAAGACUCCACUUCACACAGUCAGCAGUUUAAUGGACUGUCCGGUGCCCAGUUGUCCCAUGAAAGUCAAAAUGCACAAUUAAAGCAGCUUCCUUUAAGCAAUCUGAACAGUGACGGCAAUUCCCUCUUUAGCCAGAAUCCUUUUUUGAGCACCUCAAUGAACAACCCGUCUAUCUUAAACGGGGUAUCCAAAUCAGGUCCUCCUGUCUUCCAAAGUCCUCUCUUGUGUAAUGAAUCAAGUCAAUCACUGGCAUUGUUUCAAACCAUCACGCCACCUUCUGUUCAAAAUGGAGGCUUGAUGGUCCUUUGCCCCCCACCCCAAAGUUCGAGGUCCAGAUGCAUGCGGAGGAGAGGGAAGUCACCUGGAAAUGACAUGUUUGGAGCUGAACUCUUUGCUCCACCAACCCAGGAGUCUCAGUCCUCGAAUCAGAAUUCAUCCAUUCCAGCGGACUUAUUCAACAACACUCCUUCCUCCACCAUCAAUGCUCUUGGUUCAUUGUCUUUAGGCCCUACUUCUGUCACUCAAACUCCUGGGACAGCUCCAUCUCUAUGGGGUCAAACUCCCACAAUGUUUCCUCCUCAGAGCGGUUUUCCUCAAGUAACGGUUCCAGGACAACCAAAUCCUCUUCCUCAACCAUCUGCUUUUGGAGGCCUGCCUGCACCUGCAUGGGGGCAGCAAGGGGCUUUGUCUUUUGGUCCAUCAGCUGCCUCACAAUCCUGGGGUCAACCGGGAAUCGCACCACCUGUUGGGGCCUGGCCCACCGCUUGUCCUGGGGUCAGUCCUUUCCAAGCAAACCAAUUUGCGCCCAUGAUGCCUCCUAAUGCAAUAAUGAGUAUGCAGCAGGGUGCAGUUGUUCCUCCUCGCCCUCCACCACGUCCUCCAGUGAAAGAAGAACUCCCAGUGGUCAAAAGUGCCUUUACAGCUUUGGACCCCCUUGGGGAGAAGGAGAAGAAGACUGGAAAAGACAUGUUCAAAAAUUUCCAGAUGGUUAAGCCCCAGAAAGCAGAACAAGAACCUGGUCCAAACACCAAUGGCUCAUUUGACCAGUACUUUUCCAGUAAGGUUGGCCUGGCUCAGGAGGUGGCAGAUCAUGAUGACUUUGACAUAAACCAAAUCUCCGUGAACUCAAAUGGGACUUCCAAACUUGUUCCUCAGCAGUCCCCUGCAACUGUUUCCAGUCUGACUCCGGUCCCAGCCGCGGGACUUUUGGAUGCUACCUUCACUCCAAAUCUAGUCCCUGCAGGCUCAAACCUUUUUGAUGACACUUUUGGAACUAACCCUUUUGGAGCACCACCUAUAAAUACAAGCACUCCAGCCACUCAGACUACUGCUCUCGCAGAUGCUUUUGGGGACCCGUUUGGGGGAAAUCCUUUUGCCUGAGAAACUUUAGCACUGCUGUAUACACCCACUGAUCCAGUGCUGCUGAGCCUGAGAAACACAAGCACUGUAGAGUUGCUAUCAGCAUUCUACUACAUUUCUAUUCUGUUUGCAUUCCCACUGUAUAUCUGUUGUAGCCUUUCUUUCUGUGACUUUUCAACUGAACACAGCCCUUUGUCUUCCAGCCCAUUCCGAUCAACCAUUUAAAUUUCAAGUCACUUAUAAAAUAAGAUGCACAGUAAAGUAGUUGAAGGAGGGUUCUUCUGUAGAGCGUAAUGGAGAAGAGAGAAUAAAAGAUGAUCAUGUUUGUGUAAAUGAUUUCUCUAUGCAAUUAUCCUGAGCAUUUAUGAAGUUAAAUAUGCUUAAUCCUAAUGAUUUGUCAUUAAAGAAAGUUAAA